CCACCACAGCCGCCAUCUUCACAGCUCUCCCCCUCCCCCAGACCCCGCUCGAGCCAGCUGCUUCCGCCGCUCAAGUGCUCCCAGCCAAUUGGAGGCGCGGGCUCCAGCACAGGGGGCGGGGCACCAAGACAGGCGGAGACCUGACAGGAACUAAGAGACCAUCUACCUGCUACCCACUUAAAGGUCAAGGAGGGACGGUUCCCAUGCACUUCCAAGCUUCGGCGGGGGAAGAUUCUUGGAAAAUGAGAAAUUUGGCUCGUAUUAUUUUCAGUGCAAAUAUUUCAACAAUUCUCCCCUUUAGAGAGCCAAAGAGAAGUGUCCCUAAACCGUCAACUUUCGCGACGUUCCCUCACUCUGGGCUCCAAGGAAUAAGGCGUGGAGGCUAAGGACUACGUUUCCCAGAAAGCAUUGAAUCUGACCCGGAAGUUUAAAUUCCGUUCUGCCGACAGGAGAUUUGUACUGCGUGAAAAUAUACAUAAAACACACGAAUGUAUUUUACCGGCCAUUGCACGUGCCUUCUUGCCUCGGUGGGAGUCAUUUUUCACAAACAGCGGCUUCUUGAGGGCCCAGAACGAAUUCCCGGGCUUCGGAAGGCGGAAAAGUGGUGCUUCGGGUCAGAAGGCGGAGGAGUACCAUGAGGAUUCCUUCUCUUCUGGAAGCUCACGGGACCAAAACAUAGGCAGUGCCAAGGUGGCGAUAGAAGCAGUCUCAGGAGAAAGCAUUUUUGCCUUGUACUUGGGACGGCUGCUGGGCCUUCCAUGGCUCCUGUGAAGAUUAGCCACGUGGUAUCAUUUUCGUCUCAGGAUCCCAAGUAUCCUGUGGAGAACUUGCUGAACCCAGACAGUCAGAGGGGACCUUGGCUCAGCUGCCCCCAGGACAAGAGUGGGCAACUGAAAGUGGAACUCCAGCUGGAGAGGGCAGUGCCCAUUGGCUACAUCGAUGUGGGUAACUGUGGCUGUGCUUUCCUGCAAAUUGACGUGGGCCGUUCUUCCUGGUCCCUGGACAGACCUUUCAUCACCUUGCUCCCUGCAACCAUGCUAAUGUCCCUAGCUGAUUCAAAGCAGGGGAAAAACCGCUCAGGGGUCCGCAUGUUUAAAGAUGAUGAUUUCCUGGCUCCAGCCUCAGGUGAGCCAUGGGAUCGGCUUCGCCUGACCUGUUCCCAACCCUUCACACGUCAUCAGCCCUUUGGCCUGGCCUUCCUGCGGGUGUGUUCCUCUCUGGACUCCUUAGAUGACCCUGCGGUGGGUCCCUCAACCCCUGUGAGCUCUGGGCUGAGCCAGGGCUCGUCUGAUGCUCAGGAAUCUGAUCCUAGCCCCUGGCUGGCUAAUCCUUCCAUCCGGAGGACAUUCUUCCCAGAUCCCCAAAUGAGCACCAAGGAAAUUUCAGAGCUUAGGAAUAUCCUAAAGCAGCUGCAGCCAGGGACUCUGGGGCGAUCAGCCUGCAUGGUGCUUUCAGCUGCCCGUAGGGCGCCCCCAGCCAGUGUGGCAAGCCCAAAGAACAGCCACGCAGAACCAGGUCCCCGUCAUCCAGACAGCGCAGAGUCCAGACCAGAGGAGCAAACCUCAGAGAACCGCGUGGGCAGGACGAAGAGACGGAAAGUGCAAGCCCGCAGGCCUUUAUCCAACUCAAACUCUCAGCCAAACAGGAGGGGGAUAGCAAAGGCAGGGCAAAGAGAACACCACCGACCCCAGGCCCAAAGCAGCGGGGCCCAGGACAAUGGACAGUGCCCCAUUUGUGCAGGCUUCUUCAGCAUUGAGAUUCUUCUCCAGCACGCUGCCACUUGUGGAGAGACCUCCCCACCUCACUCAGCCUCUCCCUCCUCAUCACCAUCCUCAUCGCAGUCUGUACUAAGAUUUCAUUGUGUGGCACUAACACCAGUUCCCCCGGUCUCCAGGCCACAGCCUAACUGGACCGAGAUCGUGAACAAAAAGGUGAAGUUCCCACCUCUACUCCUGAGCGCCAUCCAGGAGGGGCGGCUGGGCCUUGUGCAGCAGCUGCUGGAGUCAGGGGUCGAGGCGACAGGCAGCGGGCCAGGUGGGCCCCUGCGGAAUGUGGAGGAGACCGAGGACCGCUCCUGGAGGGAAGCUCUCAAUCUGACCAUCCGCCUGGGCCACGAGGCCAUCACUGAUGUGCUGUUGGCCAAUGUCAAGUUUGACUUCCGGCAAAUCCAUGAGGCGCUGCUAGUGGCGGUGGACACAAACCAGCCAGCAGUGGUGCGUCGCCUGCUGGCCCGGCUGGAACGGGAGAAGGGCCGCAAAGUGGACACCAGGUCUUUCUCACUGGCUUUCUUUGACUCAUCAAUCGAUGGCUCCCGCUUUGCACCUGGUAUCACUCCACUCACCCUGGCCUGCCAGAAGGACCUGUAUGAGAUUGCACAGCUGCUCAUGGACCAGGGCCACACCAUUGCCCGGCCCCACCCAGUCUCCUGCGCCUGCCUCGAGUGCAGCAAUGCCCGCCGCUAUGACCUGCUGAAGUUCUCCCUGUCCCGCAUCAACACCUACCGGGGCAUUGCCAGCAGGGCCCACCUCUCACUGGCCAGUGAGGAUGCCAUGAUGGCUGCCUUCCAGCUCAGCCGCGAGCUCAGGCGCCUUGCACGCAAGGAGCCUGAGUUUAAGCCUGAAUACAUUGCCUUAGAGUCGCUGAGCCAGGACUACGGUUUUGAACUGCUGGGCAUGUGCCGGAACCAGAGCGAGGUCACUGCGGUGCUCAAUGACCUGGGCAAGGACAGCGAGACCGAGUCCGAGGCUGAGGCCCUGGGCCAGGCCUUUGAGGAAGGCAUCCCCAACCUGGCGAGGCUGCGACUGGCCGUCAACUACAACCAGAAGCGGUUUGUAGCACACCCCAUCUGCCAGCAAGUCCUGUCCUCCAUCUGGUGUGGGAACCUGGCCGGCUGGCGUGGAAGCACCACCAUCUGGAAGCUGUUUGUCGCCUUCCUCAUCUUCCUCACCAUGCCCUUCCUCUGCCUUGGCUACUGGCUGGCGCCCAAGUCCCGGCUGGGCCGCCUGCUAAAGAUCCCAGUGCUGAAGUUCCUGCUGCACUCCGCCUCCUAUCUGUGGUUCCUCAUCUUCCUGCUGGGAGAGUCCCUGGUCAUGGAGACACAGCUCAGUACCUUCCACGGCCGCAGCCAGAGCGUCUGGGAGACUUCACUACACAUGGUUUGGGUCGCAGGCUUCCUGUGGUUUGAGUGUAAGGAAGUGUGGAUCGAGGGCCUGCGCAGUUACCUCCUGGACUGGUGGAACUUCCUGGACGUGGUCAUCCUGUCCCUGUACCUGGCGGCCUUCACACUGCGCCUCCUCCUGGCUGGGCUUGCCCAGAUGCACUGCCGGGAUGCCCCUGAGGGGGCUGCCUGCCACUAUUUCACCACAGCUGAGCGCAGUGAGUGGCGUACUGAAGACCCCCAGUUCUUGGCAGAGGUGCUCUUUGCUGUCACCAGCAUGCUCAGCUUCACCCGCCUGGCCUACAUUCUGCCGGCCCAUGAGUCGUUGGGCACUCUGCAGAUUUCCAUCGGCAGGAUGAUCGACGACAUGAUCCGGUUCAUAUUCAUCCUCAUGAUCAUCCUGACCGCCUUCCUCUGUGGCCUCAACAACAUCUACGUGCCCUACCAGGAGACGGAGCGGCUGGGCAAUUUCAACGAGACAUUCCAGUUUCUGUUCUGGACCAUGUUUGGCAUGGAGGAGCACAGCGUGGUAGACAUGCCUCAGUUUCUGGUGCCUGAAUUCGUGGGCCGGGCCCUCUACGGCAUCUUUACCAUCGUCAUGGUCAUUGUGCUGCUCAACAUGCUCAUUGCCAUGAUCACCAACUCCUUCCAGAAGAUUGAGGACGAUGCUGACGUGGAAUGGAAGUUUGCUCGCUCCAAGCUCUACCUGUCCUACUUCCGAGAGGGCCUGACGCUGCCUGUGCCCUUCAACAUCCUGCCCUCCCCCAAGGCCAUCUUCUACCUUCUCAGGAAAAUUUUCCAGUUCAUUUGCUGUUGCUGUUCCUACUGCAAAACCGAGAAGGCAGACUACCCCCCAAUCCCCACCUUUGCCAAUCCUAGGGCAGGGGCAGGGCCUGGGGAGAGAGAGUGUGGAUCCUACCGCCUUCGUGUCAUCAAGGCCCUGGUCCAGCGCUACAUAGAGACUGCCCGGCGGGAGUUCGAGGAGACCCGCCGCAAAGACCUGGGCAACAGACUGACAGAGCUGACCAAGACUGUAUCGCGACUGCAAAGCGAAGUGGCCGCUGUGCAACGGACUCUGGUGGAGGGAGGGACUCCACAGACCCCCCGGGGUGCCAGCGUCCUUAGUCGCUACAUCACCCGAGUACGCAACAGUUUCCAGAACCUGGGGCCCCCCAUCCCUGAGACCCCAGAGCUGACAGUGCCAGGGAUUGUGGAGACCCAGGUUGCUUCAGAAACUGGGCUUCAAGAUGCUGAAGGGGCUAGGACUCCAGCUUCUGGAGAGUCUGGCCCUUCUUCCCCAACUCACGUGCUAGUGCAUAGGGAGCAGGACUCAGAGGGAGCUGCGGACCUGCCCCAGGAGGAAGAUUUGGGAACCAAGGGGGAGUCCUGAUGCAGUGGGAGGGUCCCUUCUUCUGUUGCUGAGUAGAGCCGCCUAGAUGGGUGAGGGUGGGGGCCACUUAGU